UACAGAUUGACAGUUGGCACGUUGGCACGCUUCCUUCAGAAGCACGUAGCUAGAGAAGAGCGGGAGGGCUGACAUGGAUUGGGAUCGGAAUGGCAGGGGAAGAUGAAAGCGUGGAGCCAGACUCUGGCACUCCUGGACAGAAGCUUAAGUCUGUAUGUUCAGAACUAGAUUCCUAUGUGGAAUUUUUCAACAGGACAUCUCGACAUGUUGACAUCCUGUGGUGUAAUUAUGCUGGUGAAGAGGUGAAAUAUCAAACACUUGGGCCCAAAAUACAGCUGCUGUGUUCAGACAGUGAGUCUGCUGGUGCUACCAGAUACCAGCACUACAGUGUCAACACAUUUGUGUCUCACCCAUGGAUUGUCCGAGACUCCAACACAGGGGCCCUGCUGCGCAUCAAUCAGAGAAGAUAUUUAUUACCUGUAGCUUAUGAUGGGGAGGGGUACAGAACACAUGUCUAUAUUGACAUUCCAGUGUUCAGCUUGAAAGACAGAUGUUUGGAAGAGAUCAAAAAAAGGAUGGAUGUUGAACUCUUGUCAGCAACUGAAAUUCCUGCAACUUUAAUUCAAUCCUUAAAUGAAAGUCAAGCAGUGACGUGUGUACUUUAUGAUGAUUAAGCAAAUUAAUGUCCACCAGAAGAAGUUUAAUUACAUUUACAGAAUGACUCCCCUGUCAGACUACUAUUUUUCUCUAAGGAUCAGCCAUAAAUGGCUAUCGUAUUUAAAAUGAUCAAUAACAUAUGUGCCCUGUCAGCAAGUAGGUUUCAAAUGGGUUUAAGACAUAUAUUUUCUAAUUGUUUCCAUAGUUGUCAGUCUUAAUAGUCCUCUUUUAAUUUUUUAAUUUAUUUAUGUGGAGUUUGUAUUUCAUACUUAAGAAUAUUUCCCAUAGGCUACACCAAUUUAUAUUUUCAUUUUAUGGGCAGAAUGAAUCUAUGUCCAAACGUUGAAGGAGGGUAAAAAAUAAAACUGAUAAAUCAUCUAACUAAUGCCAGAAGGAACCUCUGUGACUCAGUUGCUUAGCACGCAGUGUUAUGACCCAGGAGCUAACACCAGUGCAGUCACUAUGAGUUCAAGUCUAGCUCAUGCUGGCUUCCUCUAGAGAUGUAUGUGGGAAGGCCUGCACACAUGUGAACCAUAUGUGGUGGGACAUGCAUAUAGAAUGAAGAAAUCUAAUUACUGUAACUCUUCAACAUUUUCGCAUGUUUUCAAGGUCUUUUUUCAAGUGCAUACUGAGGACGUUAUUCUGUGUCCUGAAAUUGAUCAACCCAACCAAUGUAGUUUUGACAAAAACAAAUGAAAGAGGUGCCUGAAUCUCGUAGAAAGUUGCUCUUUCAUAUGCGGAAAGGUUCAGGAAUUAGGGUAAACUGGAUUACAUUAUGAAUCUUCUGUAAUCAGAUGGAUCCAAUAUUCCAAAUAUAUUGAUAUUCUGCCUGGAGCUUUUCCUAAACACAUAUGCUAUUAAAAGAUAGUUUAUUAGUUCUACUGUGCCGUAAAGUGGCAACUUUGAUUGGCCAGGAACCAAACAGCAUUCAAAGUGACCACUUGAUUGGCUGAGUUCAUUGGUGAUCUGAACUGAGGCAGACGACUGUCUCUAUCAGAGACAGAAUCUCAGAAAUAUGACCAAUACUCUUGACUGUUAAUACCUUAACAUGUAGGCUCCUUAACUUUGGUCAUUAAAUUUGGCUGAUAUUUGUAUCAUUGAAUUGUUCAAAGUUAAUUAAGUUAUCACACAGUUUUUUUACUCAAUGCUUCUGUUCUUCUGUUUCCUUGUGAAUAGGGAGCUCUCGUGCAUUAAUUUAGUUUCACAUGUUUGUAGAAGUUUGACACAAAUAUCCAAUUAUACAUACCAUUUCUAGUUAAAUAAAUAUCAGUGUCAAGUGAAAUGGAAGGUGUAUUAAUUCCUGGCUAGUGCUGUGGUGUAGAUUGUUGUGGACAGCUGAGAGAUUAGCCAUGAUCUAUAUGUAUGCAUGUAUAUAUGCUUGGGGUUUUACGUCAUACUUAACAAUUUUUCAGUCAUAUGACGACGAGUCUUUAAGCGUGUGUACAUAUACUGUGUCUUCUUGUAGCAGGGUGAUUCCAGUUCUGCUGCCACUGAAGUAUCAUGCCAAAGACACCAGACAUGACACCCCACCCCAUCACAUUAUGCUGACAUUGGGCCAAUCAGUUCUGUUUCAUUCCUCCGGCCUGUCAGUGCUGAGCACGAAGCAAGAUAGUAACAAGUUGGCUAUGUUUUUCGCAUGACUCUACCCUGGAUUGAUCCCAGGUCUCCCAGCUUCCAGGGAUCAGUUAGUUUAGGGCAAAGAUGGUAUGGUUAAAGGGAGAAUUAGACACUUGUUGAAUGAAAUGUAUUCUCAAUAAUUAGUUGAAUACUAAGUAAAUGUUGACAUUAUAAUAAAUGUGGUCUUGU